AUGAAUAAUUACAAAGCAGUUCAAAUUUAAAUAAUUGAUUAAUAAUGUUAACAAUUACAAGACAGUAUAUCUGAUUUAGGAUGCUAUUACUCUUUAAUUAAAAAGGAUGCUAAAUUUAUUGAUGUUGCAUUAUUUGCAGAUUCAAAUAAUUGUGUUAAAAUAUCCUUAAGUGAUCCAGAAUCAUAAAUUAGUAUGAUCAUAAAAAAUUUAACUGAUAAAUCUGUAAACAUAUUAUAUAAUAUUUUUAAAGGUUUAAGGUAGAUUAAAAUUAUCUGUAAGAGAAAUAUUAGAAUAUAAAUAAGAGUAUGCCUAAUGGUAUGAAUUUUAGAGUGAAUGCUCAACAUAAAUAAAAGUUUAAUUAAAGUUCAUAUUUUUACAGAAUGAUGUAGCAUCCCCGUCUCCAAUUAAAAGUUCUUUAAAUAAUUCUUAAUAAUAUUCACUUUCAUCAAAUAGUUAUUAAGAAUAAAGUGCAAAUAGUUCAGAUAAAAAAUAAAUGAUUCAUUCUCAUUAUCUAACUGUAGGUUAGGAACAUGAUUAUCCAAUAAUUUCAUAAUUUCCUACAUCUCCAACAUUUAAGAGAAUGAUUGAUGCUGCUACAUAAGUAGAAUGUGAAAAUUAAGAUCUCUUCACAUUAAAACUAGAUAAGGAAUAACUUAUUGAAUAAUAUCAAUAGAGCUAAAAUUAACUAAUGAAACUACAAUAAGAAUUUUUGUUAUAAAAUAGUUUAUAUAAAGAAUAUGAUUCAUAGAUUAAACUAUAACUUGAAGAAAUAUAAAAAAUGAAAAUUUAAAUUCAAAAUUACUAAAAGGAAAUACUAUUAUUUAGAUAAAAUGAGUAAUAAUCAUAAUAACAGAAACUAUAACCUUUAGAUGAUGCUCUAAUUGAAUAAAUUAAAAAGUUAAAAUUAACAAUUAAAUAAUUGGAAGAAUAAAAUUUGAAAUAACAAUUAGAAUUUAGUAAUUUAUAAGAUUUUUCAAACAACCAAAAAAAUUAAAUAAAUUCAAUCACUGAAAAAUUAGACAGAAAUGAUAGCAUCUUGAAAUUAACAGAAGAAUAGAAUGUAAAUAUUUUAUAUAUUUUAGAAAUAUAUUUUAAGCUUAAAUCAAUAAUUAGUUAUGCGAGAAUAAGAAUUAAACAUAAUUAUCUAAGACUAGCUAACAAAUAUUGAACUUUUAGAAAAAUCUCAAAAAGAAUUAAUUAACGAAAUUGAUAGACUAAAUUAUACAAUAAAAAAGGAAAAUUUAUUCAAUUCCGUACUUUCAAGAGUUUAAGAAUCACAAUUAUAAUCUUAUAAUAAAAUAAUUGGUCCUUUGAAUGAAUAUUUAGAUUAAUAAAAAGAAAGAUUGCUUUUUAAUUGA